GCGGCUGCAGUCACACAUCUAUCUACAUUGGCAUGAAUCAAUCCGUCAGCCCUCCGUAGCAAGUACUCAUGAACGCCCACACGCAUGUCUCUCCUCACCAUCUCCGACAGACUCUCUCUCUCUGUCUUCUACACGCCCACCCAAGGGUCUGUCUGUCUGCCCGGCCGUGGCCCUCACACGGCCUUGUCUAUCUAUCUGCGUAUCUGUCGGUCUAUCUAUCUACCCGUUGCCCUCAAGGGUACUCGCGGAACUCGACCGAGUCCGACCGGUAGAUGGUGGGCGGCAGCUGCCACGAGUUGCCCGGUUCCCAGUAGAUGUCCAGAUGUCUGGCAACAAGCACGGACAGCAACACAUCCAUCCAUCCAUCCAUUCACUCAUUCGUCCAUGGAAGUGUGUGUGUCGUCUUACGCGUAGAUGUCGGGCUUGUAUGUCACGUAGGACAUGGGCGAGAUGCAGUUGAGAGUCUGUGGCGUGGCAGUGGCACCUCCACGUCCCCCCUUCCACAGGGGCGCGAGCCCCUUGGCGCGCAGGUCGUUGAGCACACGAUGGACGUCUUUCUGGUCCGUGAAGUCCCUCGUGUGCACACCGAGCAUGUACAGGCGGCGACCUCGGUCGUCCUCCUUGGGCUCGACGGUGUGCUUGGCAGCUGGGCCGAGCUUCCCCUCGCUGUGCAAAUCGAUCGCGCGAGCACAGGCCGUGCGCAGGUUGUUCUCUCCAUCUGGGAGAGGGCAACAACAGAAACGUAUCCACAUAUGUCAUCGCAUCAGACAGAUGCACUUUUCUUGAGGUGCAGCCAGGCCAGCUCGUCUGUCCGACCAAAAUGGAGCAUCCAUUUGCCGGCCACGCACCCCAUCUCGGCCGCCAGCUGGAGGAGCCUCUCCUUGAUGACGGUGUUCUUGCCGCCGUGCGCUUGGUCCGUCAGAAUCUGCAGACCCCUCGACUGGAUCUUGGCAAUGUCAUAGUGAUUCUCUCCCGUCGGCUCGUUCCACAGAUAGUGAUACUGAGUGUCGCGCUUGUGUUUGGCGCCUUGAGAUGGCUGGCCAGCGGGCGGGUGCGAUGGAUGGGGAGGGCAGGAUGGAGCGCGCCUCUUCUCGGUCUCUCGAGACAACGCUGAGCACAAACCACAAACAUCACACAAGACCACACCACACCCAUGACACCACAUCCAUCCAUCCACCCACCCGCCGCCCAGGUACCUGAGUGCUUGAUGCCCGCCUUCUGCUGCUGCUGCUGCUGCUGCUGCUGAUGGGUGCGGUCAGCCCCAGCGUUGAUCUCCCUCAUCAGCUGCAUCGCCAGGGCGUGGUCGGCUUCCUCCUGGCGCUUGCGGCAAAGCUCUUCGUCCGUCAUGGAGGCAUCCAGGUCCAUGGCGGUGGGCUGGGAGGGACCUGCCGGCGCUGCGGCCGCUGCAGCAGAUGCCGAUGCGCUCACGCCGGAUGAGGUGGCGCCGGCUGUGGUCUUGGCGGCCUUGGCCUGCUUCUCGCCCUCCUCCUUGCGCUUCAGGUACUCCUCGUCUGUGAAGUCGUUGGAGCUGUACUGCGUCACGGGCGACAGGCGCAGAUCCGCCCACGUGCCUGUGUUGCCAGAAUACACGUCCAAAAUCCUGAUCAACCAACCAAUACACACACAUGCGCAGCGCACAGAGAGGGAGGGAGAGCGCACAAAGCACAGCACAGCACAGCACAGCACGUGAGUGAGUCGGUAUAUGCGGUGCAUGGGUUCCUGCUGGCUGCCGUACGUACGUCAGCAGAUCGAGCUUGUAGCGGACUCGUUUGUUGCCCCUGAACUCCUCACCACCACCGCCGCCGCCCUGCUGCUGCUGCUGCUGCUGGUGGUCAUCUCCAGGCGUCCCGUCGGCCACCACACCGAUCUUGCGGAGGCCGUUGAGGACGCGCUUGACCUCCUGCCGGUCGCGGAAGUCGGGACUGUACACACAGAUGACGUACAUGGGGCCGCUGGGCCUCAGGGCGCACUUGGAGCAGUUGCCCAGCUGCCCCUGGCUGGUCGCCAACGCCACACGACGCCACGCCUCAUCUAUCAUGUCAUCACCUGCAGUGCAAUGCAUGCAUGCAUCAGCAUCACACGGACGCACGGACGGACGGACGGACGGACGGACGGACGGCAACACCACAAGACACAGUAAGUAACGUCCAUCAAUGCAUUGCAAAGAGGCCUUCCUUCCUUGCUUCCUUCCUUGCCUCCUUGCUUCUGUCUUUCCUUCUCACCCACCGAAGUAGAGGAGCCACUUGCCGGUGACGCACUUGGUGUCGAUGGCCAACUGCGUCAGUCGCUCCAGGGUCUCCUUGCGAAUCACCCCCCUCUUGGCCCCGGGCUGCUUGAGCUUCUCGCGACAAUCGAGCAGAAUGGCCUCGCCUCUGGCCUCGAUGGCCUUGACCUCCUGCUCCGAGAACUCAGGCUCAGGCUGGCCGCCGUCAUGCCGCACCAACCGCCACCUGCCACGCAGCGUCUCGUGCACCUGAUGGCUGGCGCGUGUGCUGCUGGGGUUGGCCAAGGGCAGAUGCGAUGAAUGGUUGCCCCUGGUCGGGGGGGGUCGGGCCUGCUGCUGCUGCUGCUGAUGGGUGCGGUCAGCCCCAGCGUUGAUCUCGCCCGACAGCUGCAUCGCCAGGGCGUGGUCGGCUUCCUCCUGGCGCUUGCGGCAACGCUCCUCGUCCGUCAUGGAGGCAUCCAGGUCCCUGGCGGCGGGCUGGGAGGGACCUGCCGGCGCUGCGGCCGCUGCAGCAGAUGCCGAUGCGCUCACGCCGGAUGAGGUGGCGCCGGCUGUGGUCUUGGCGGCCUUGGCCUGCUUCUCGCCCUCCUCCUUGCGCUUCAGGUACUCCUCCUUUCUGCGCUUGCGGAUCUCAGCCAGCUGAGAUUCUGAAUCCAUCAGACGAGGCUUCCAAUGCACAUUCGCCCG